AUGUCACUUGCUUGGUUCUGGGGUAAAGGCUGGCACCAGUUGUUAAGAAGAGUUUUCCUGGUAGGUGGUGGUACUCCUGCAAGUAAAUUGGCCAAAAAGCUUGGUGCCCCAUCAAUACUUCAAAAAAUCAUCGGUUUAAUCGCAACCUUCUUCGUCAGUGGUGUAUUACAUCAAUAUGCCAUACACUGUGUUGCACGUCAACCACAUCCAAACCCUCACAACUUCUUCAAGGAUGGUGGAACAUUUUUAUAUUUCUUCAUUCAACCAAUUGGACUUAUCAUGGAACCUUUCAUCAUUCCUCGUAUUCCGCGUUAUUUGGGUGGUGGAUGGCUUUGGGUUCUGAUCUUCACCGUCGCUACUUGUAGUCCAUACCGUAAAGAGUUUAUUGAUAGCUCACGAAUGAUUGAUGAUUCUUACAAGCCUCUAAGUGAAUGGACUUGGAAAACAUUACUGAUUCCAGGACACAUCCAAAGAUGA